AUGUCGUCCGCGCACUGGGGCACGUUGAUCAACCCUGACAAGAGCCCGGCCCCGUUGCUGGAACAACUAUGUCUGGGGAUCGCGCAGUUGAUGCCUUCCUUUGACUCCAGUGGAACAACCGACCUCACCCCCGAGCGACUCGCAGCAUUCUACCGGAAAGUCGGCGGGAACUACGAUCCGCUGUUUCUAGAAACCAAGACACAGGCACUGUCGUUUAUCUACCAGUCGUUGGGAUGUUUCCACAGUCUGCAGCCAUCCACCAACCCCUAUGAGGCACCCUCGAUCCCCUCACUCCUCCCGAAUGGCUUUGUGCGAUGGCAGACAAUCCAGCUGUUGAUGGACCCGGACGAGCAUUCGCAGUAUCUGCAGAACGCAGUCGAGCUCUGGGAUAUCGCAGACGCCAACGGCGAGCUCUUCCCAAAGGAAAUUCCCCGCGAUGCCUUCCCAUCAGAACCGGAUCCUGAAAUGCUCCAGUGGCAUGAGGAGGUCAGCCGGCGGCUCGAGUACGACUAUUGGAAACGACGUGCAUCGCGUUGCUCGCCACCGAACUUCGGGGCAUAUCAUUACCACUUCAGUGGCAAGGAUCCGUUGCCUGAGGAGGAGGACUACUUCUCGCGACACUCACGCCGGGCAGAGUCGCGGCGACAGAGCCAUGUUGAGCCAGAUCGGCCGAGCCGCCGGCGGCAUCACCAUCGGCGGUUAAGCGCAGAUCAUCCCACCUUCACCAGCCGCAGACCAGAGUCGGUAUUUGUUUCACGUCCAGAUAGUGUUCGAUCAGGCUAUUCAUCGCCGCGAGUUCCCUCUCCCCCACCCCCGCCACCGCCAGACCGUCCGCCUCGAUCUCGAGGUCAGAACAGGACCACCUGGUUUGGGGGCCUCCUGAGUCCGGACACUGCAGAUCCACAGGACGCUGCAUCCGAUGCCCCGUCUGCCGCUGAUGCCCACGAGCCCGAGGAAAGCGAGCCCAGAAGCAGUCAUCGACCUCGCCAUUUGCCUCCAGCCCCUCCUUCUCGUGCUCGUCGUCACUCCCACGACGCCUAUACCCGACGACCGGCUCGGGACCUCUCUCCCGCAGCACCCAGACGCGAGCGCCGUAGCCACGAAAGCCAUGGCUCCAGAUCCGGGAAGUCGCAUUCCGACGCUUCUUCCAAAGCCCACGCCAGCGAGGACUGGUCUCGUUCCAAACCGCCGGGAGUCAAAUUCCGCGAAUACAUUUUCGGCAGCACUGCUCCAACACCAGCACCAGAGCCUCCGUCCUAUACACAGGCUCCGCCACCGGCACCAGCACCCCCGCGGUAUGUGCCACGGCAUCGUCUGAACGUGGAUACGUACGUCCCGGACGAUAGCCGGCGAGGGAGCUACAGUGCAGGCAGUGCAGGCGGUAGCAGACCCGGGAGUGGAGGCAGCGGAUCGGAAAGGCCUCGGUCGUAUAGCAGCGCGGGGAUUCAUCCUCGGCCCUCUCGCUACACUAGUCCGGUGCGAGGUCCUUCUAAGCGGUAUCUUCCUGCGAGCGUGGUCGAGGAUGGAUAUAUCCCGUCUCGGAGGGGACCGAUUUAUGAUUGA